AUGUCUGGCUCCAAUCUACACAACGCUCUUCUCCGCCCGCCAAUAAUCCAGAUCCUGCGCGCAGCAGGCUUCCAUGCGACGCGACCGUCCGUUUUAGACACCCUCGCUGACCUUACCGCCCAAUACAUCAUGAUCCUUGCUUCAUCUACGACUGCCCAUGCUGCAAACGCUCAUCCGCAUGACCCUGUUCCGGUCCUCGAAGAUAUCUACCAAGCGCUGCAAGACGCAGGCGCGCUACGACCCCAGCUGCGAGAAUGGGAGGAGGACUGGCAGGGAGAAGAAGAUAUGCGAGGUUUAGAAGGCUUUUUGUCGUGGUUCACUGGGCCGGCCAACCGGGAGAUUCGACGAAUUGCUGGAUUUGUGCCCAGUGAAGGCGACAUGGUCGAUGCGGACGCUCUCGAGAAAGAAGACUUUUUGACGGCAUUGAAGAAGAAACACAGCAAAACCGGCGAAGAGUCGAGAUAUGCGGGAACCGUGCUCGGAAAGAGCGCCGACGAGCAUCCUAUCAUCAUCGAGGGUGGCGCGCCCAGUCUCCAAGACUGGGGUUCACAGAUGCGGUCGCGGGCGCCGUACAUGGCUGACAGCGAUUCGUCUGGUGUCAGUAGUGCGCCGAGCAACUUGUCCGAUGGGGAAGGGAUGGAUGUGUGA